UAUUUUGAUUGUGUAUGCUAAAUCUGGUAGCAUCCAAGAUGCUAAAAGGAUCUUCGAUAGGUUGGUAAAACGUGAUGUGGUCUCUUGGAAUUCCAUGCUCACUGCAUGUGCCCAGCAUGGGCUUGGCAAGGAAGCGGUGCAAUGGUUUCAAGGAAACCUGAGGAUCGGAGCUGUGCCUAAUGACAUAACAUUCCUCUGCCUUCUUACUGCUUGUUGUCGUGCUGGACUCUUGAACCAAGGACAAUACUAUUUCAAGUUGACCAGGAAUUACAACAUAGAACCUCAGAUUUCACAUUGUGUUACUAUUGUUGAUCUUCUUGGCCAAGCUGGUCUUCUUGAUGAAAGCCAAGAGGUUUAUAAGAGAAAUGCCAAUCAAACCCACUGCAGCUGUUUGGGGAGUCUUGCUUGGUGCAUGAAGGAUGCAUAAGGGGAACUUACUCUGCUGGUCGUGUUUUUGAGCUUGAUCCCAACGAUUCAGGACCCCUUGUCUUGCUCUCUAAUAUUUAUGCCUCUGCCGGUAGAUGGAGUGAUGCUGCUAAACUGAGAAAAAUGAUGAAAGAGAGCGGGGUAAAGAAGAUGCCUGCUUGUAGUUGGAUGGAAAUUGAGAAUACAGUCCAUGCGUUCGUGGCAAAUGAUGUUACAUACCCACGAGGCCACGAUAAAGGAAAUCCAUACAAUGUAGUAGGAGAUUGGCACGAGAAUCAAGGAAAUUGGAUAUGUCCCUGACACCAGCCAUAUGCUUUUCUAUAUGGAUCAGUUGGAGAGGGAAGUAAAGUUGCAGUACCAUAUUGGCAUUUGCACAUCUCAACUCUCGUUCUGGAUCCGCAAUUCGUAUCAAGAGGAAUAUCAGAGUUUGUGGUGACUGCCAUUCAGCAAUUAAAUUUGUGUCGCAAGUGGUGAGAAGGGAAAUCAUUGUAAAAGAUACCGAUCGAUUCCUUCAUUUCUAUGAUUUGGCUCUUGUA